AUGCCUCUGGCCAAGACGGAUUAUUUGAGCGACACCUGGAAAGAUGGCAUUUUUUCCAACAAAGUCGUCUUCUGUACCGGUGGCGCGGGAACAAUCUGCAGUGCGCAAGUGCGUGCUCUAGUCCACCUGGGAGCUAAUGCGUGUAUUAUUGGUCGCAAUGUUGAAAAGACCGAGCGAGUAGCUCGGGAUAUUGCUACCGUACGCUCCGGAGCCAAAGUCAUUGGCAUUGGUGCUGUCGACGUCCGUAAAUACGACGACUUGAAAAAGGCUGUGGACCGCUGUGUGACCGAGCUCGGUGCGAUCGACUUUGUGAUUGCCGGUGCUGCUGGCAAUUUCCUGGCCUCGAUUGAACAGCUCUCCGUGAACGCUUUCAAAUCAGUCAUGGAUAUUGACGUGAUUGGUUCAUACAACACCCUGAAGGCCACACUCCCUCACUUGGUUGAGUCUGGUGGCAAGCAUCGUAUCGAUCCAGAGACACCGCCCGCCGGCACAGGCGGUAGAAUCAUCUUCGUCAGCGCAACGCUUCACUACCGCGGCACACCCUUCCAAGCCCAUGUCUCGGUGGCCAAGGCCGGUAUUGACGCCCUGUCUAACACUGUGGCCAUCGAGUAUGGUCCGCGUGGCGUGACCUCGAACAUCAUUGCUCCUGGACCUAUCGCCUCAACGGAGGGACUGGAUCGGCUUCUCCCAUCCGACACCAAGGCCACCUAUAUCAAGUCGCAGCCCCUUGGCCGUGUCGGACACGUUCGUGAUAUUGCCGAUGCAACUGUCUAUCUGUUCUCUGACACUGGGAGCUACGUUACGGGUCAGACGUUGGUUGUGGACGGCGCCAGCUGGCGAAUGUCUGCCGGUUCUGCGGGUAACGGCAAGGUUCAAUAUCCCGACAUUCUUCUCUCCGGUCAGGAAAUCGCCAACGUGACAGGCAAGAAGAAGAGCGCUAAGCUUUGA